AUGGAUGGUGCAGAGCUCAUCGCCCAGGCUGUCCAUGUUGGACUACAGCAGAUGGGCUUGGGGAUCUACCCUAACGGAGCUCCUCCAGCUCCAGCUCCAGCUCCAGGACACAUACGCAGAGUGACGGACUUCGCAGCCUCGAAGUGGGACUCUAGGGACUGGCCACAGACGAAGAUAAAGAGGACCGCAACCAUCACGAAGGGCAAAGCGAAGAGCCAUUAUUUGCUUACCAAAGACGAGGAUUUUGAAGGUCUCCCCCCACCCAUUGCUCGCCCUACACAUGCCAGGGGUGUCCAUUUCCCGGUUUAUGCGAAGGACAAUCUCAGAGCAGAAGUCGAACGACGGGCAUGGACAAUCUACGGAGGGCCAACUGGGUUGCAAGCUGCUCGAAACGCUGCAAAGCAGAGAAAGGAGGUCAGACGCGCCAGAAAGGAGCACCGACAGCAACAGCAAGCUCAGAUAGCUCAAGCGCCUCCUGAUCCUGUGCUUCCUCUUGCUCCUCCUGCCAACCCAGGAGCUCAGAGCGAAGAAGUCGAAGAGCAAAACAGGAUCGCAAACCGCGGACCGCCGGCAAAACGAAAACGACGACGAACCCCCUGA